AAAAGUCAAAAGUGACAUGAACCGAUUACCAUACUUUGCUGUCAAACUCGGCGUAACUCGAAGGGAGGGGAUAUUUCUGGUACCCUAUUGGCUGAGAGGAGCAGGAAAUCUCGUGUUUUUGCGAAAGGGAAGGGAAAAGCGGUGAAAUUUAGAAAUUUCUUUUAAUCAGGAUGAGCACUCAAUUUUAUAUCGGAUUGUUUCAACUUCGGCAUGAAAUACAAAACCCUUGCCCCUGGCAACGCAAAUAGCAGUGAAAAUUCAUUGACUUCUAGAGGAAUCUCGAGCAAUCCUCACUGUGCCAGCCCAACUUUGAGCGGAACCACCUUCGCAUCUUCCUACGACCUCGGUCGACGCUACAGCCUCCCCCACCAUCCUCUACAACAACAACAACAACAGCAGCAGCAACAGCAACAACAACAACCACCACCAUCAACCCAGCACCACGCGCAGGGCUACCAUCACCUCCCACACCAUCACCAGCACCAACAGCACCAACAGCAUCCUCACCAUCACCAGCAACAGCAGCAACAGCAACAACAGCAGCAGCAGCCAACGCCUCACGAGCCGGACACCGGAGGCAUUGCUGCCAAUCUCCUGAGUCAAGACAGACCCAUGUUGCUUCUUCAGUCCCAGGCCACCUACGACUCAGGCGGAGCUCUUGCCGGAAGUCAUUUCACUUCCGGUGCCUACUCUAACUCAGUGACGUCAUCAUCAGCCAUGGCCGAUAUCAAUAUCCUGGCCGCCUCGUUCUCGCUCCCCAUGCACGACUUCCAACCGGACGUGACGUCAUACGGCGCCGAGGACUUGUCCCCCGACCACUUCUCCCCGGGCUACGACAACAGUCAGUCGAGCGUGAUGAGCUUCGAGCACCCCCACCCUCCCCAAGGUGUUCCCCACGGCUACAUCGACACCUACAACUUUGACAGCAGCUACAUACAGCACAGAGAACUCUCAAAACACUCGCCCUUCGGAGCCAGCGUCGCACACAGCACUAGCAACAGCAUGAGCAUCGGUUCCAGCAACAACAACAAUAACAACAAUAACAACAACAACAACACGACCGCCAACAACAACAACACCAACACAGCUAACAGCAGCAACAGCGGAGGAGGUGGGGCCAACACUAGCGGGGACAGCAACAGCAGCGUGGCUCAUGCAGCUGCUGCAGCUGUAGUGGCCGCUGUAGCAUCCUCCGCAAACAGCAUCAUCAACAACAGCAGUGUCAAUCUGAACACGAGCACGCCCAUGUACCCUGACAACGUGUCUAUCGACAAGUACACAGCCGUCCCCACCCAUAUGGUCGAAGACGUCUAUGCCCCUGCGUUCCCCGGACACGAGGCUGACUUCUACUCACAGCAACAAAGGUACAUGGACCCCUCCUCGAAGGGACACUUCGCGAUGGAAGCCAGUAAAGUCUACCCGAAACACCCCUUUUCCGAAGGCAGCUCUCAAGAAGUAAUUUUCCCCCAGCCUUCGUUAGCCUUUUCCGAUCUUGACCAAAAGCCGCCACAUCUGUACGGGGGUCAUUCAGCAUACGACACGACAGUGCCCGGACCUUACUGUGGCGAGGGGCCAGCGCUCUACCAGCCCUACCACCCGGCAUUUUACGGGGGUCAGGGGGGUCACUGCCCUCCCGGGAUGUCACCCUUCUCCGCCCCUGGAAUGCCUCACCCUAACGCCUUCAGGAGUGACCUACCACUGCCCAUGUCUGGCCAUCACCCGUCUCAUAUGCACCCACACCACCGCCGCACCUCACUGACCAUACCGACACCACCUCAAGCAGACAGGUAA